AUGGGUCCUCCUGCCCCUGCUCUUGCUCCAACUCCAUCCUUGACUCGCAAUUUGUUGCCUGUGGCCUCCCCACAUCGGAGCCUCUACGGGGCCAAACCUACACUCUCGGAUACUGUGUUGCAGUGCCGCCCUUGGGGAUGGUGUGGCUGGAUGUGCGCUGGUCGACAGUGUAGGCUAGACCCCCGACUGGCUGGGCUUCGUAGGUCGAUGUCGGUGCUGCUGCUGCUGCUGCUGAUCUAGAUGUGUAGCAGUUUGAGUGUGAAGGUGUGAGGCUUUGGGACACUGGUGGUGCGACGUGGAGAUAUGGAGGAGGUGUAUGAGGCUCAUGACUCUCGGGCGGGUUUUGUUGAAGAUAGGCUGCAGCAUGAUGCGGAAGAGUCGUUUAUUGUGAAAGGAGUGCAUUUUUCGGAGUCGGAAGAUGACUUCGAUCCAUCUUCUAAGCUUGAAAGCAAAUACCGUCGGAUGUCGUCCAACCCGAGGGAUGAGUUAGUGCAGUUUCGGUCCGGGUUGGCAUGGCUAGGGCUCGACCAGUCCACCAUCUUCAGCGUCAUAUGGUCGCGGAUCCUCUUCGUCUUGCUUGCUGUCGUGGUUCCUAUUUUCAACUUCAACUUUGUUUCGUGCGACACUUGUGACGAGAGCCGGAAACAUCCGUUUGAGAAGCUGGUGCAAGCCUCGGAGACUGUGCUUGCCACCGUCUCAUUUCUCACUCUCUCCCACAUCCUCCGCAGAUUCGGAUUACGAAGAACGCUUCUCCUGGAUAAGAUUGUGAAGGAGCCCUCUGAAGUACAGGAAGGAUUUCAAGUCAAGCUUAAAACUGCCUUUUCACUGCUUGCGUGGAUGCUGCUGCCAACGUUUCUUGUGGAGUUAGGGCACAGAGCCUGGUGGUACUACUGCGUGACCAUCGACAUUCCAUUCCUCGCAGAUGUCCCCAAGAUCAAUGCAAUCCUCUUGUUUGCAUCGAUCCUCUCAUGGUUGUACAGAACCAGCGUCUUCCUCUUCAUGUGCGUCCUCUUCAGACUCAUGUGCUCCCUCCAAAUCCUCAGGCUCAGGGCUUACAACAAACUCUUGGAGUUGACCUCCGAGGUGUCCAUUAUCCUCAAAGAGCACAUGAAGAUCCGCAACCAGCUCACAACUAUCAGCCACAGGUUCCGUGUGUUCCUCAUCCUCGCACUUUUUACCAUCAUUUUCAGCCAAUUGAGCUCCCUCUUUCAGAUCCUGUUAUCUGCCAAGUCGAUCAGCUUCUUCCGCGCUGGAGACCUGGCCGUCUGCUCGCUGGUGCAACUCACAGGCUUGGUGCUGUGUCUGCAAGGAGCAGCAAAAAUCACCCAUAAAGCACAGCACAUUGUGGCCAGUGUAAGCAGAUGGCAUGCUCUUGCGACUUGUAGCCCGAGCGUUAUCAUAGAACCCACUGAGAGUAAUCGCCGAACUUCCAUGUAUGGCCCUGCACAUCCGCUACUGCACAACAGGGGCAAUAGCUCUGAGGAUUUGGAGGCCUCCACCAGGGAUUUAUUAUUUCAGGAGACGCUGUCGCAUGACUUGGAAGCGUUCCAAAAGAGGCAGGCACUGGUUACGUAUUUGCAGCAUACUCGUGCCGGGAUAUCUUUAUACGGAUUUGUGCUGGACAGAGGGUUUCUGUACAUGAUCUUUGUCAUCACCUUCACUUCGACGCUUUUUGUGCUUGGGAAGACCAUCCUGGCUUGAGUAGUCAGUCAAGAUGGUUUACGGUUUUAGUUGUUGGAUUUGAGACUAUGGUUUGGUUCAAGGACAGUGCAUUUGCGGCUGUGCUCGGGUUCAGGUAAUUUUAGUGUAGAUACGAGGAAGCUUUGAUAUGUGGCAACCAUGUGCAUGGAGUAAGUGUCUCCAACUACUACACAGUUUGGGUCAUCUUUGCUUAUUGGGGGCAGACGAGGGGAAACUGAUAUUAAUAGUGAGCUGACGAACAAAAAUCUAAUACCCUGUUCGUAUUAAGUCUUGGACUUCGUCAGGAUAUUGCUCAAUGGGAAAGAGGCUUCGAAGUUGUGAGAUUAAGUGUCGAACUCAUUUUUACCGCACUACGUACCUGGUACAAGAGAUGAAUCAAGUACAUUUGUUCGUAA